AUGAGCGGGGCCGGGGCGGGCCGGCCUUCUCCCGCCAAACUCCGCCGCCUGGAAGGUGCCAGCGAGACGGAUCCCACCGUCGUCUCUACCCGCCGAGAAACGUCACCUCCCGCCGGAGGUCGCGGUGAGGGCGGCGGCGCGCGUGCGCCAGCAGCGGCCAGCGGGCAUGCGCACUGCGCCGGCGCCACGGCGCCCCCUGGCGGAGGCUUGGAAACUACCGCUUCCCUCGGGGGGGGCCUGAAGACCACCGGGGGGCCCAAAGGGCGCCUGGAAACCGACGUCACCCCCUGCUUGGAGCAGGGAAAGGGGGGUCUGGAGACCGCCGGGGAGGUCACGGGGAGCCUGGAGACCACCAGCGAGUUCGCAGGGAGCCUGGAGACCAGCAAUGGGCGCAAGGGGAGCCUGGAGACUGCCGUCACCCGCUGCUUGGAGCAGGGCAAGGGGAGCCUGGAGACCACCAGGGAGGUCACAGGGAGCCUGGAGACCACCGGGGAGGUCACAGGGAACCUGAAGACUACCAGCGUGGUCACGGGGAGCCUGAAGACCAGCAAUGGGCGCAAGGGGAGCCUGGAGACUGCUGUCACCCGCUGCUUGGGGCAGGGCAAGGGGAGCCUGGAGACCACCAGCGAGGUCACGGGGAGCCUGGAGACCACCAGCGAGGUCAUGGGGAGCCUGGAGACCAACGGGCACAAGGGGAGCCUGGAAACCACUGUCAUCCGCCGCUUGGAGCAGGGCAAGGGGGAUCUGGAGACCACCAAUGAGGUCACAGGGAGCCUGAAGACCACCAGUGAGGUCAUGGGGAGCCUGAAGACCACCAACAGGCGCAAGGGGAGCCUGGAGACUGCCGUCACCCGCUGCUUGGAGCAGGGGAGAAAGAGCAAGGGGGGCCUGGAGACUGCCACCGAGCUCAAGGAGUGUCUGGAGACCACCACCAUCGCCUGCUCACAGCAAAGCCGAGGUGAGAAAAGGGUCCCGGAGCCCAAAGGGGGUCCAGCCCCCGGUGUACGGCAGAAAGGCCACAGCCCGGAGGAGUGUGCAGUGAUUUCUCUGGGUGAGGAUGAGGAGGAAGAGGAGGAGGAGGAAGGCCCCAGGCGGUACCUGGCAGCCCUGGAGGCCGUGCAGCUGGAGCUGGAGGCUGUGGAGGAGCAGGCGGCUCGCGCCUUCCGCCGCCUCCGCGCUAAAUUUUGGCUCCGCCGGCGGCCGCAUCUGCAGCGCCGCAACCGGCUCAUCCAGCACAUCCCCGGCUUCUGGGUCACUGCCUUCCUGAACCACCCCCAGCUCUCGGCCAUGAUCAGCGACCGCGACGAGGAUGCCCUCAGCUACAUGACGAGCUUACAGGUGGAGGAAUUUGGCCAAGCCCGACCUGGGUGCAGGAUCCGGUUCUUCUUCAGCGUCAAUCCCUACUUCCAGAACGAUGUUGUGGCCAAGGAAUUCGUGCGCGGUCCCUCUGGUCACCUGGUGUCCCAUUCAACCCCCAUCCGAUGGUGGCAGGGGCAGGACCCCCGUUCUCGUCCCCACAAGGGUCCACCGGCCCCCCGCAGCUUUUUCGCUUGGUUUGGGGACCACAGCUUCCCCGCGGGAGAUCGUAUUGCUGAGAUCAUCAAGGAGGAACUAUGGCCAAACCCGCUGCAGUUCUACUUGUUGGGCGAGGGCGCCGAGGGGAUCCCUGAAAGUGAGAGCGGGGAGGACUGUGUGGUGAUCGUAGACGAUGAUGAGGAUGUGCAGGAGAUCCUCGACGACGGGGAUGGUAAGUGA